AUGGCAUUUAAGAGUGGGUCGUUCGCGACCUUUCUCAUCGUCUGUCCAACAUGCUUCUUCUUAGGCAUCGUCUUCUCUCUAUUUCCGUACGACUAUCCGCUCCUCUGGGCGGGUGAACCUACUCCUCCAUCACACUAUGACUAUCUCGAAGCUCAUCUGCGAUUUCUCCAUGCCUCUCCACCUCUAAUCCCCCGCAUACUGCAUAUCGUCAUUUUUGUUGGAUUCUCCGGUAUCAUUGCGAAAUUGUACAAACCUUCUGAGUCGAACAUGCUUUUUGACGGCGCAAGCUUGGUGCUCUAUGUCUGUGGCGUGACUGUUUAUAUUGCCAAUAUAGUCAAGGGCCUUCGCCUUGUGACAUUCGGUCAGUAUGGUGCCGAUCUGGCAACGAACGAAGAGGAUGCGGAGCAAGUCCUCGGCCGUGAGGACAGUCUCAAAGUUCUCGCUGCUAGUAAUACCAUUCUUGCCCUCAUCUUAGUUGGUGUCUUGAUCCUUCAGGCUGGCCAAUGGUAUGCCGAGAGAAAGGAUGAGCAAGAGAACGAGAAAUUCAAUAAAAAGGGCGUUGACAACCCUUCCAAGAAAGAGCGGCCUGAAUCACCCGUUGCUACCAGAGCGAGUCGCCAGAAUAGCAAGAAAAGACAAUAA